UUACGGUCCAACUAAUGAGGGCAUGAGUGGGCUAGAGUUCGUUAAACAAACAUCGAUCAUUCUGUCAGGUACCACACCCCCUUGCAGUUCAAUGGCUGCAGGGGCUGCACCUCUACGACGUCACGGAAGAGUCGUUUAAAGCUCCGCUCCCUCAAUUCUAAGAAUCAAAAUUGUGCGUGGUGCAAUUGGUGUCUGAAAUAGCAUACAAGAACAGAAAAUAAAGCCGACAUUAUCGAUUAUUCAGUUCAAUAUACGGCGAGUUCAAUUUCUUGGGCUGUUGACUAUAGGCAAUUUAGUUAGCUUGCGAGUUAGACACAGCAGGCUAGUCAGUGAACUGAAACUUUGUAUUCCAGUUUUGCCUUUGGAAAUACCAAUCGCUGAAGCCCAUAGUCUUCACAAAGUAGACAAUAGCUAGCUCAUUAGCUAGCUGGUUAGGGAAGUUCCUCGCAAGUUGAAAAGAGACGACCUCGGUCACACGGAUUUUGAGCAUUUCGACUUCGCAGAAACAGAACUCUUCAGAACGGCAAGGCCUGCGAUGGUGAACAGCCAGGUGACGGGCCCCAGAUCGUGUGCGGGCUGCGGGGGGCGGAUAGCGGACCGCUUCCUGCUCUUCUCCAUGGAGCGCUACUGGCACACGCGCUGCCUGAAGUGCUCCUGCUGCCAGGCCCAGCUGGGCGAGAUCGGGACCACCUGCUACAGCAAGGGGGGCAUGAUCCUCUGCCGGAACGACUACAUCAGGCUGUUCGGACACAGCGGUGCCUGCAGCGCCUGCGGUCAGUCCAUCCCCGCCAGCGAGAUGGUGAUGAGGGCGCAGGGCAACGUGUACCACCUCAAGUGUUUCACUUGCGCCACCUGCAGGAACAGGCUGGUUCCCGGCGACCGCUUCCACUACGUCAACGGCACCAUUUUCUGUGAGCACGACCGGCCAGGCGGCGCCCUGCUGAGCACCCACCUGCCCCCCCUGCAGAGCAGCACAGUGCUGCCAGACCAGAAGGUUUGCUGAGGUGGCUGAGCCAGGCUUCUGCAGUGUGCCUUCACCAACACCCCUCCCUCCCACCCUCAUUUUUCUCCCUGAAAAGGACCGCUCACACCUGCCCCUUCACGCCAAUGCCCUGUAUUCCCAUCUUCAUAACUAUUCCCAAUCUGAUCAUUUCCUGACAUCGCUUAAAAACUUUUUUUAUUUUUCAAAAAUGUAUGCAUGUGUGCCACAAGAGGCAGGAAAGAACUGUCCAGCUGAACUGUAUGAAAGUACAGCACAGUGACUGGCGUAAGCUGGAUGUGCCUGGAUACACCACGGGCCUGGAAGGGACACGUCGUUCACCCACCCAGAAAGUCACACGGCUAAAGGAACCCCUGCCCCUGUAACUGAUAUUUCAAAGACAAAACCAGUUAAUUUGUAAGCAUGAGGAGGGAGGGGUGGAGUUAUGCUGUCAUAUGUAAAACAACAAGUCUGUAUGUCUGUCUGUCAUUGUCCCCAGGCACAUGCACAAUACAGGAGAAACGCAUGGAACCUGGGUUUGCAUUGUGUCUUCUAAAAAAAACAAAAAACAAAAUUUUUUUUAAAGCCUAUAUAGAGUGGAGUCAUUACAACACCAUCCCAUUCACAUAAAAAAUAUCUUCAAUUAAUGAUCCUAAAUGAGUUCUAUGAAAGUGUAUUUUACGAUGGACAUGUACAGAUAUGAAUAAUUGGAGAAUUGAGUAUGGUUGUGUUUAAGAGGGAUGGGUGUAGAUCAGUUGAUGGCAGGACAGAGGGGGUUGGAGGAGGAGCUUGGGGGGGUGGGGGAGGGGUAAUGUGUUUGAUGGACAUCUGCACCUGGGGGAAAACUGUAAAGGGGUGGGGCGGGAGAACUGUAAAUAUUUUUCUAAUGGUAUUGUGUGUUCUAUGGUAGAAUUCUAUUGUCUCGGUUGUAGCAUCCAGUUUUCAAGUGGAUGUCUGUUUAAGCUGUAAAACGACUAAAUGAUCAAAAUCUUAUUAAAUAAUAACAAUGGUAAUGAAA